AUGGAAAAACAGACCUAUUGCUCUGUUUGUCAAAAGGAGAAGGAAACAAUAGAACAUUCUUUGUUUUGGGCAGCAUGGUUUGUGAGCCCAUGUGCAUAUAAACCAAAUCCAAUUGGAUUUCCUUUAUUUACAACUUGGUGGUUACAAUUGCUUCAGCAAGAUACUAUUGAAGUGGAAAUUCUCGAAACUUUUACUUGCUGGCAGAUUUGGAAAGAGCGUAAUAGAUUGGCGUUUGAAAAUGUAACUCCCGAUCCUCUAGCUACAGCAAGAAGGGUAUAUAAAAUGAUGGAAGAACAGAGGCUUUUGAAUUCUCCUCUUUCUGCAGAUAGAGAAGUUGAUUCCCAUCCUAAUGCCACAGUGAGAUGGGUUCCUCCUCUUGCUGGUUUCAUAAAAAUUAAUUGUGAUGUGGCGUGGAAAGAUCAUCAGCACUUUGCAGCUAUUGGAGUUGUAGGUAGAGACAGUAAUGGAAAUGAGAAGUUAAGAGUAGUUUUGCAGGCGGUGCUUUUGGCCCAAUCCAGAGGUUUUGCUUCUAUCAUUGUUAGAUCAGACUCGCAAAUUGUUGUAACCAAUCUCAGUAAUGCUCAUGAUCAAAGUUUACACGCUUCUGCAGUACAAAACAAAUUAGUAUCAGAGCAUGGGAAUGAUAUUGUGAAAGAUGUUUACACGCUUCUGCAGUGCACAACAAAUUGGUAUCAGAGCAUGGGAAUGAUAUUGGUGAGUUUGGUUGAAGGUGGAGCUGCUGCGACAUGUAAAAGUCGCACAUGCAAUAAUGGUGAUGGUGGAGAGUUGAAAUUGAAGUGGAGCUCUUGA